GCCAACAAUUACAAGAGUUAAAUCUAUCCUUUCAUUCCUUAUUGUUAUUAGAACUACUAUUAACACAUUCCCUGUCUCUGAUAAACUGUUGGCAUAUUUCCUCAAACAAACAAAGCGUCAGGAAGAGGAAACAGUCAUUCUCCUCCGCCUCCUCUGUGCAGAGAUGUCUGGUGGUCGUCUUCGCCUCCUGUCCUGCUCCUUCACCUCCGUUGAACUUCUGCUUCACUUUCUACUCCUUCCUACACCUGACGUGGACACUUAUGACUGUCAGAAAGAGUUCCAUAAAUAUGUGGGAGACAGUGUGGAGUUCUUCCCAUGCUCCCCCACCAAGAACCUCACCUACGCACGCUGGGACUUUGGAGAAAUUCAUGCGGAUUGUAUUGACAAUGAACCCCUUCCUCAGAACGUCAUAAAAAUGAGCUGCAAUCAAACCACCUUCAGUUUAACUGUGAGAGAGCUGACACCUGAGAAUUCUGGUGAUUUUAUGUUUAUCUACGAUGUGAAUGGGAAAACUCAACCCAACGUGAUAAAACAUCUAAAGGUUCAUGCUCGUUUAAAGCCUCCAGAAUUAAACGUCAGCUCCACCUGGAAUACCUCAUCUAAUUCCUGUGAAGUUUCGCUCACUUGUAAUUUGACAUCUGAGGACCUUGCCAACUACACCUGGACGGUGAGGAGCAAGACCUCGGUUGGAUCCCUGUUGCGGUACAAUCUAGAACCAGAGGAGGAAGAGAUCCUGUUCAACUGUACGGCUGUCAGUGUCCAAAGUGGAAUGUCUGCCUCCAGUGUAAAAAUAGUGAAGUGCAACGGCAGUGCGGCUGACAAUUUAAAAUCAGUUUCUACAGAGAGCCUCAUCAUGUUGUUGAGCCUGGCUGCAGUUGUGUGCCUGAUAAUCAUUACGUCCAUAGUUGUUUCAGUCUCUGUGAGGCACUGUAGAAGAAAACACAAGGAUGGUGCUGGAAACAACCAAACGGUGUACGCAGAUGUCUCUGAUUUUUCACUUCGCUGUCCAACAGCAACCAUGGGAGUAGCACUGUACGAAACCGUAUCUGAUCCUGGAAGGAGUGGCUCCACUACAGUCGCCAACUCUAUAUAUGACACCGUACAGCUGAGUCGCAUAGUGCAGCCAAACGGCUACUAAAACUUUCAUAAACACCAACACACAAAGAAGAAAGUUAUUCCUGAAGGGCAAAAACAAAUGGAUAAAAGGAACUGUUUUCUUGUCCUUAAUAUAUGUAUAUAUAAAAAAACAAGACAAACAUCCAGUUUUUCCUAAAGUUAUUCUUUUCUUCCUUGGAAUGUUGGGAAAUUCCCACAACUUAAUUACAAUAGUCAUCUACAGCAUUGAUCAUCAACUGGGCCGCCCCGUGGAGAGUCAAUAUUCAGCCGGCUGACCUGUCCAAUCCGGCCCCCGACUGGAUUCCAAAAUUGUGAGGAUAAAUGGUGUGGUCCCCACUAUUAAAGCAACUGGAAAAAAACAAACAACAGCUGAGACCUAAAUGACUAUCAGUAACCGCCAUCUUUUGACUCUAUUUACAUCCUGUUAGUGGGAUUUUUGUUUUAUUUCUUUUGAGGGUCAAACCUGGAGGUGUCUGUCCAGAAAGAUUCUGGGCCUCUGACAAAUGAAGUUGGUGACCGUUGACCUAUGGUUUGUUAGAGUGCUCUCCAUCAUAAUACACUUCCUGUUGUGUUGCUUCAUCACAGUGGCCAUGCAUAA